CAUGCUGCUUUUGGGUGACGUUUCUCAUUUUUGCUCGUCAAUGCGGACCAAUCAAGUCAGUCUGCAGCUGAAUAGUUUAUUUUCUUUAUGUAAAACACACGGAAACAGUACCGAAGAUGCUUGUGACGGACGUUGGUGAAGUGAAAAUUUACAAUCUCAGCGCCGGAAAAGCGCUACCCGACUGGGUAUCGGACAAGAAACGGCGCGAGGCGCAGCGCAAAAAUGUGGACAUCAAUCGACGCAUCGAGUUGAUACAGGAUUUCGAGAUGCCAACGGUGGCGACCAGUGUGGACAUCUCACCCGACGGGCAAUACAUACUAGCCACCGGAACCUACAAGCCCCGGGUGAAGUGCUACGAGGUGAACAAUCUGUCGCUGAAGUUCGAGCGAUGUUUCGAUUCGGAGGUGGUGAAGUUUAAAAUAUUGAGCGACGACUACGGCAAAAUAGCGUUCCUCCAGGCGGAUCGUUACGUUGAAUUUCACGCAGCACACGGGCGACACUACCGACUUCGGAUUCCACGGUUCGGCAGAGAUUUGGAUUACCACAAGCCAUCGUGCGAUUUGUUCCUGGUGGGAACGUCAUCAGAGAUAUAUCGUUUGAAUACUGAGAGGGGGCAAUUUCUUCAAUCAUAUGAAACCUCUGCGAGUAGCAUCAAUACGUGUGAGGUGAAUCCGGAGCACUACUUGCUUUGUGUGGGCAGCCAAGAAGGAACGGUGGAAGCGUGGGAUCCACGAACUAAGAGUCGCUGUGGUGUCCUGGAUGUUGCGGCUAGCAUAAAAAACAAUGAUAAAUUCCCUUCCGUUUCGUCAUUGAAAUUUAAAAAUGGUUUACAGAUGGGCGUUGGGACCACAUCCGGUCAUGUGUUGCUGUACGAUAUUAGAGCGAAAGAGCCACUGCUAAUCAAAGACCACUUGAACGAACUGCCGGUGAAAAAACUUGAUUUCAACAAGGAGCAUAAUGCCGUUUAUUCGCUAGAUGCCGCGAUGUUGAAAAUUUGGGAUGAAAGUACAGGAAAACAGCUUGCAUACAUUGAAUCGAACAGUAAUUUCAACGAUUUCACGACGUCUCCGAGAAGUGGUUUAUUUUUCCUAGCACAAGAAGAUGCAAAGAUGCUGACAUAUUACAUUCCCAACCUUGGACCAGCUCCCCGCUGGUGCUCUUUUCUUGACAAUCUCACGGAGGAAAUCGAAUCAGAGUAUGUGCAGAAUAUUUACGACGAUUAUAAGUUCAUUACAAAGCACGAGCUGGCCGAGUUGGGUUUGAGCCAUCUGGAGGGAACCAAUAUGCUGCGGGCAUAUAUGCAUGGAUUCUUCAUUGACAUCCGAUUGUAUAACAAGGCGAAGACAAUCGCGGAUCCGUUCGCUUUCGAGCGAUAUCGAAAGGAGAAGAUUGCGAAGCAAAUUCAGGAAACACGGCCGGCACGGUUGCAGCUGAAAUCGAAACUACCGAAGGUUAACGCCGAGCUAGUGGAAAAACUGUUGACCGAGCAGGAUGCGGGAAGCAGUAAGCUCAAGGCAGCUGCCAGAAGCCUGCUGAAGGAUGAUCGAUUCAAGGGAAUGUUUGAAAAUCCCGACUUUGCGGUGGACAAAACGGCCCAAGAGUACCGACUGCUCAAUCCCGUACUCACAAGGCUGGAUAAAACGAAGGCAAAGAAGUUGAAAGCUCAGCAGGAGGCAGCUGAGGCAGCGGCGGUCAAACAGAAGGAAGGAGAAGAGGAAGGUAGCACAGAUGAUGAUUUGUUCAGCGAGAAGGAAGACAGUUCCGAUGAUGAACAAGUUUGGACAAAGGAGGUCAAGAGGGAGUAUAAUCAGAUACAACGGGAGACAAAACGUGCGCUUCUGGAGGAGGACGACGAGGAUGAAGGGGAUGUGGAGUACGAUGGAUCAUCGGUACAGGUGCAGGAGAAGGAAGAUUUCAAUAUUAGUCAGAAUAACAGGAAAAUUAGCAAAGCGGGGUUGGGUAAGCGGUUGGCCGCUAGCAAACCGGUACAGGUGAAAACGAUUGGAGGGCUCGGCAAUUGCCAGAUGACAUUCAGUACCGAGCGCAAGAAGAAUAACUACGAUAGGAAACGGCAGAUGGAGUUGAAGAAGCAUCGAGAGGAGAGAAAGCGGGUGAUACGACCGACCACUAGCUUAGGAUUGAGAAAAGCACAUAAAAAGUAGGAUGUAUUAUAUAUGAAUUAUUUUACAUUCUGAUCUAUAAUUUUUUUUUUUCCUGAUCAGAAAUAAACCACCAUGAACAGUAUUUCUUGGUUUAAUAAAGAGAAAUUCUCCCGUUUUGGCAAUGG